AUGCCAUCCUCACAGUUAUAUCACGCAGUUUCAAACGUCUUGCGUAUGCUUAGCAACAUCAAAUUUGUUUUAAUUGUUAUUAUUCUGGCGGCUGCCAUAUUGACUGCUCGCUCUCUGAUUGUGCGGUUUGAUUUUGACUGGGAUCGUGCAUUUUUGGUUAACAGCUGCUCAAACGGAAUCUUAUUUGAUCCAUCCAGAAAGGGUAGAAUAACACUCACCUUUUGGUGUUUUCGAUUGGAUAUUUUGGUACCAAUUGUUGGUUGAAUAACUGGGUGGUAAUAUUUGUUUAGAACCGUUAUUACCCCCAAAACACCUUGUUCUGAUCUCGAUUGGGGGUACGCAUCUCCAAUUUCGCUCGUCAGUUACUCAACAAAUCAAACCUAGUUGGAAACUAGGUUUGGAUCUUACACCCCCUUGUACCAAUAUUUAUGUGUUUAAAUAAAUAAAUAAGUACAUAAGCAACUACAAUAGCAACUGUAAUCAUGAAUGAUGAACGAAUACUAAUUGAGAGUACGAAAAAACCUAAUAUCAUAAAAGAAACCCGGUUUCCUUUACCGUGGUUGAGUAUCGAAGAAUCACCAUAGUAAUAGGUCAGUUAACUUUCAGAGCCAGGGCUAGUAAACUUUUGGAUUUUUGAGAAUGGCAUUUAAAGGAUACAAGGUCUACUUAGCCAACACCUCAAGAUAUCUCAGUCGUCACGUUGUUAAAGUUUUAUUGACUAGGUAGCUAGACGGACUUUAAAAAUAACCAGACCAGGCUUCUAAAGGUGUUAUUGAAACGCCCCAACAAAAGGAAUGUGAAAACACAGAAUCGACGUAGCCUGAAUGGAUCAAGAGUCUUUGUCCUUACAUAUUUGUAGCCUGCUGGCCGUAUGAAAAAACGAGGAGUUGAAAGUGGGCUGAAGCUAAGAUUAGAUGUUGGUGAGAAGGACAUGUGCAUUGUAAAUUUCGAGUGGCGUAGCUUCAAUGGAGAAUCAUGUCGACACUACUUUGUGUGCAGUAUGAAACUAUUCGAAUGGCCUUUGUAUCUGUUACAUAAACUUCAGGAGCUAUCUCAACAAGUGACCGAAAUCGGGUGUACAGAUUAAUCUCACCAAGUCAAAUGUGAUCACCUCCAUAGAAGUACAGUUGGCACACUCUGUAGAUAAUAGGAAACUUAGUUUUGGAAAUUUCGCUACAGUAUAGUUCAACAGAACCCAGAAGCGUAAAGAAAUAGUAGCCUUAUUUAUUAGAAUUAUGAUGUGUGGGCGAGAAUGACAGUGAUUGGUUGUCUCGAUGAGUCAG